AAAAAUCAAGCUAGAAUAGAAUAUUUUGUUUAUUUUGUGUAACUGUGUAACUAACUUAAAUCAAUAGCAACCAUAUAAAUUGUCACAAAAACACAUCAAAGUAAAAAUAAGCUACACAUUAGCAAAGACAAAAGGAAUUGUGGUGUCUAUCUCUUAACGAUGGAAAUAAAUUCAUUUAAUAAAUCAUAUAUAUAUAUAUACGAUUAUAUAUAUUCUCUGGUCCAGGAUUUGCCAAUGUUGAUGCGGUAACCCUGCUAGUAGGGCCCACUGGUUUGUAUCAGUAUUUGCAAUAGUGAUAAUAUAGUAGGCAUUUUAAAUUUGAAAGAGAAGGGUUUGCAAGGUUUUCGACAAAAUGAAGGUAGCAAAAGGAGCUUUCAAGCAUACAUUCUUAAGAUUCUUUCUCAAUGUCAACAAAUCUACAGAAAAGUACAAAGCCACCAAACAUAACGGUUUUCCAUAAAUUAUCUACAAAUACAAUACGACAAUACGAUUCAUUUCAACAUGCAACGAUUUAAAAAUACUGACUGUACCAUCGAGGCUGAAAUUUCGUCAAUAUUUACUAUUUUAUUCUUCAUUGCGGAUACUUUGUGAAAGCCGCAAUUGGAAACCGCACUGCGGCCAGUGGAUCGGCGGAUUAUGAGUCAUUCAUAAAGAGAAAAAAUAACAUAAAUAAAAGAUCAAGCUGCCAGAAAUAAACAUGAAAAUUGGAAAAACAUUACUAUAUACUUUUGGUUUGAAAACCAGUCGAGCAGUUGCGAAAGCUGAAUCUGAAUCUGAAUCUCACUCAUAGGGAAAAGAAAAAAAAUAUAAAAAGACAAAAGACAAAAGUGAAAAGUAAAAAGUAAAAAGUAAAAAGUAAAAAAAAGAAAUGGUUGGCAGUGUUUCUCGAAUUCGCUGUCGUCCCCGCUAUUGGGCUUUUCUUUUAGUGUCCAUACCUUUGAUUUGCUUUCUAACAUGGGCAAUUUGCUUGAUUGUUCUUUUGGUCUUUGGAAUACUCAACACAAAUGGCAUGCUCCUGAUCAACCAAAACCUGUCUUUCUGACUGAUAUGGGUGCGCAUGCGCAUACAAAAGGAUUUUUCAUUCCCAUGACUGUUAUUACAGGUGUUUUCUAUAUGCUCUCUCUCCUUGCCAUUCGUCUAUGUGGGCAAUGGGGAUUCAUAUAUCCUACAUCUUCCGAGUUAGAGGCUAUUUUUGGUUGGUUUUCUGUAUUGACAAGCGCUGGUUGUGCAGGUUGUUUGAUUGCUCUGUCUAUUCGUGAUACGGUACAUCACCAUCGCCUCAAUUGGCAAUUCACGGCAUCUUAUUAUGUCUUGGCAUUUGCUGCUGCUGACAGUAAUUUGGUUGAAUGGCUUUUCGCAUACUAUCGUUAUCAUAAACAAAGUAAUCUAGUAGCUGUUUCUUUUUAUUUCAAGGCUUUGAUCAGUCUUGCUGCUACUGCUUCCGUCAUUGCUUAUGCAGGUAUGUAUCAUUAUCAUGACCAUUCUCGGUCAGCUAGAUUUGAAUGGGUUGUUGAAUUUUUAUGGGCUAUUUAUAUUUUUCUUUUCUGUCUAGAUUUACUUCCAGCGAUCCAUUAUGAACGGUAUCCUUUGAAUGACCUGGAAAAGGGUGUGUCUAGUUGACUAGACAAUUUGUUUUCUUUUUUUUCCUUUUUUUAUUUUGUUUAUUGAUAGUUGUACAAUAGAUUAUUAUUUUCAUUUUUUA